AUGCAGGUUCCUGCCAGACCUCUUGGAUCCGUCUGCGCGUAUUCCGUGCGCCCUGGAGGGCCCCUCUAUGGAAGCACUCCAUGCAAUGUGUCUCCUUCCAAACCGAGCACCGGGAAAUCCUUCACCAUCGACGCACUGCUCUCCAAACCAGACGCCAUCUCAAGGGACAAGACGGGGCACUGCGAGGCUGUGAAGUACCCCGUUUUCCCGGUUCACGGACAGAUGCCGUCGUCCCUGCCGCACUACAUCUACAGCCCGAGCAUGGUUCAGGCUCAGCCCGGAUACCCCGUCUAUUACUGCCCUCCGUACAGCUACCAAACAACCUGCCGUGGACCCCUUUACGCAGAAGCGGCCAUGACGAAAGCUGCCGUGCACAUGUUCAAACACAAGGCGGGCAAGUCCAAGCGGAUGCGCACUAGCUUUACCAACGAGCAGCUGUCCCGGUUGGAGAAGGAGUUUGCCCGGCAACAGUACAUGGUCGGCUCCGAGCGCUUCCUCCUGGCCACUUCUCUACAGCUCACCGAGGCUCAGGUCAAAGUGUGGUUCCAGAAUCGUCGCAUCAAAUGGCGCAAGCAGAGCCUGGAGCAACAGCAGGCAAAACUGGCCAAGCUCGGACUCGCUGCCCCACCAAAGAGCCCCGGUUCCCAGGGCCAAGACGAUGAAGGAGACGAUGAUGAGGAUUUCAGCAAUGAAUCGGACAUUGACAUUGAGAGCGAAUGA